GACAGGUACAAUUAGAGUUGCUCUAAAAUGUCUCAACGGUUCACUGAAUGUCUCCUCUAAAUCAUUGGAUGAGGCAAUUGGUUAUUGGGCAUUGGUUGAAUUACAAAACGCAAUUUACAUAACAGACCUAGGCUUAUGCAAAUCGAUUAUGGAAUACUGUAUAAUGAGAUUUUCUAAGAAAGCGGAUAUUUAUGCUUUUGGGAUUGUUGUAUCUGUAUUUUUAACCGGAACUCCUCCUUUCAACAAUGUUCACAUGAUUACGAAUUGGCAUCCCAAAUUUGCGACGGGAUCCAGCCUAAAGUCAAAAACAACAGCCCUGUGCUAUCUAUUAAUAGCAUCAACGACCUCAACUCCCAGGAACGUAAAUGGCAACAAUAAUCUCUGGUCACAAGUUGUCAGUGAUCCCAAAAUAAGUCCAUCUGUUUAUGCGGUGGCUGUGGGAACUUGGUGGUCGUUAAGCGAGGAUAUUUUUGAUGUACCUUACAGUAAUUUUAGUUCAUUAGGGGUUCCCAACUUUGAUGGAUACUUGUUCAACUACAAUUUAUGCACCCAGAUGGUAGGUGGUAAACCAAAACAUAACUUCAUGAUAGGCCCGAACGUUGUAUGCCUCGAGGAUGUUCCUGCUCCAACGUGUGGAAGCUGUUCAAACUGUGGGAGCUGUUGGCAGAAUGGAAUAUUUGGUAUGGAAAUGAGUCAUUGCACCGCUGUAGAAGUUGCCACGGCUGCCGAGAAAAUCUACAAAGGAAAGACAUAUUGGACCGUGAUCAAAGAUACAAUGAAUCUUGCGGGCUUUGGCCCUGGUAGUAGCGUAUACAAUAGUGUACUUAGAUGUUUUCCAAAUGAUAAAUCAGUUCCAGCCAAAGACUUAAGCAUGGAAUGUGCAAAUUUGGUGAAGAUAUGGCUUGUCAGGAAUCACCUUGUCGGACUAUCUGUUGCUGUAAGCGACAAUGAAGCAUGCCUAAAAUCAUCUUCCAAAUAUCCUGGGUAUUGUAUGAGCGAUAAGAGAUUCUCUGAUGGAUUUCCAGGUGUCAAAAACACUAUAAACAUUCUUGCCAGAUAUUUUUCGAACAAAUAA